AUGGAUGCGCAGACCGGCAACAUGGAGGACGAGUUCAACGCGAUGGCGCCAAGCACCGUAGAAGUCGUCAUGGGGGAAGUCAAGAAGAGGCUUGGGUCCGCCCUGUCUAUAGCAUGCGCUGUCGACGGCUCUCAGAUGUCGGACCGAGCAAUGGCAGUUGGGCUGUCCCUCUUCAAUAACCGCAGAGGCGAUAAGUUCACGGUCAUCCACAUCAGCGACGCCACGAAGACCUACCUCUCGAAGCAUCUUCUACCACCCCAUCUUAAGAACUACUAUAUAGACAUGGCGCAUGGGGCACGGGUGACAGCUGAAUGGCUGUGCCGCGAGAAAGAGGAGGGUCGUUCCACAUGCGAGUGCCUGACCAGGCUGGCGGACAAGCGCGGUGUGGAGCUGCUGAUCAUGGGAAGCUGGGGACGUAAAGGGGAGAAACUCGACGUAUUGGGCACUGUUUCGGACUUUUCGCUGCGUCAGUCUCAUUGCUCCAUCUGCAUUGUGCGGUCAACCGGGUCCAGCAUUGGCGGCAUGGCGGGCGGCAGCGGCGGUGGCGCGGGGGUUCCCGCGGGUAUCGUCAGCGCACGGCCCGCCAAGUACCUCUUCGCCACAGACGGCUCCCACGCAGCGCACCUCGCCUUCUGCUUUCUGGUGACAUAUCUGUACCGGCCCACGGACUCCAUCUACGUGGUCAUGGUUACCUCCUCUGAUGGCACGGAGGAGGCGAAGACGGUGGACAUGUACAAGGACUACAUGAGCAAGCACAAGAUCAACGGAGCCGGCUACGUCAAGUGCAUCGACCGUAUGACCAUGACAGUACCCGAGGGCAUUGUUGAAGCCGUAACGCAGUACGGCUGCGACGUACUGGUUGUGGGCAUCUCAGGCUACGGGCGCAAGAAGCUGGGCUCGGUUAGCACAGAUAUCAGCAACAGAGCAUCCUGCACGACGAUUAUUGUCAAGGACUCGCGCGAGAUUGUCCGCAACCGCUACACGGCGGCCGGGAGCCUCUCGCUCGCGACUGAGAUGCAGGUCACGCCAAAGACGCCUCAAGAAGACGUCAUUUGAGAGCUAUCCAUGUGCCGAUGGCUGUGCUGACUUCGUACAUGAAACAAGGGUAUCGAGGUCACUUUCAACUAAAGAAAGGUCACUCUCUCUGCACUGACCUGGCUCAAUGUCGGUUUAUGCUACAUGCGCGUAGACCCCUUCCUGACACGAGCUGGGGCCUGAAGGACUUAACAUGCCCAUUCAAUAAGUGAUGGCCGCUUGGACGAUACAGCUCGGCUGCUCCGAAGCGGUCUACGUCACGUCUGAUGACAGAUUGUGAUUUGCAUCAAUUUUUCACGCAUUUUCCAUUUAGCAAUCAGGCAUCCGAGGAAGGCCGUCGGCCACGUGCACAAACUCCUGGCGAGUUGCAGAAGGCCCGCGGCAAACACCAUGAAGGCAUGUCUUUCGCUCAUGCAUGAUGAACACAGCGUCCCCAAAACACACGGACUUUGGAGUACUGUGAUAGGUACCGUGCCCUCGCCGAUCUAGUAAAGGGACGAAUGGCUGGAUCGGCGAUGUCGUACAGCCCAUGUGGGAGCUGUGCUGAGUGACUUGGUGCAAGUGCGUGGGUCUAUGCGUGCAUAUGGGUACGUCAUGUACGCGGGCAGUGUAAAUACGCGUGCGAUUUGUGUUUGGUGACUUUGCGCGUGUUUUCCCUUGGGGCACAUGUUCUGUGUGUGGUAAUGAUCAUGCGGAGUUUGCAUUGCAGGUGGCUUUGCAUGUUGCAUACGCCUAUGCCAUGGGCUUGUUUGGUCAGUUUCUUGUUUGGUCUCUCGUAUAUCCCCUUGAUUUCUUUCGUGUUUGAGUGUUCGCGCUCAUGCUGGGCGACGCUGUGUUUUAGUCCAAAGUUUUCCCGUGUGGGCUACGUGUCCCAGAAUGUUUCGAAUUAGGUACUUGUGAGUGCUGGUGGUGGGUUCUGUGUGGGUUGUGAAUCAAGCCAGCUCCACAGCAACUAAUGAGCGUGGCGGAUGGGUAAAAGAGCAGUCCACCUCAUGGCGCCGUGUGAGCAAGGGCCGGAAAGCGGAGUGAGCAAAGUGCAUGUGCACCUGCCGACCAUGUCCCUGACUAAACCUAACAACUGCCGCAUAUUUUGGUCCCGAGCCUUCCACCAUGGCUUCUAUCACAGAUUAAUUUACUUUACAUAAAUGACUCUGACAAUCUACCCCUGCGCGUUUGGAUUGACUAUGAGGUAGGGCGCCCCGGAGGGCCCUGGAGUCCCUUUGACCAUCGCACGCGCCUCGUAUAAGUACCUCGUACAAAUGCGACCCCUCCUGUAAUGUAAACAGUGCAAUACUAGAUCAUAAAAAAAUGAGCUGUCCAUGCAGGAUAUACAGGGCAUGCAAUGUAAAAUGGCAAACGCC